AUGGGCGACGCAGGCGACUACGAAGGCGGAGCUGGCUCCCCACACAACAGCAACAUGCCCAUUGCCGUCGUUGGACUGUCGUGCCGCUUUCCCGGCGACGCCACGAGUCCGUCGAGGCUGUGGGACAUGCUUAGUGCUGGCAAGAGUGCGAGGUCACCUAUUCCCAAGGACAAGUUCAACGUCGAUGCGUUUUUUCAUCCGAAUCCCGACUGCAACGGAACACUCAACGUUCGCGGAGGACAUUUUCUCCAGGAAGACAUUGGUCUGUUCGACUGUUCCUUUUUCAACAUCUCGCCCAACGAGGCCAAGGCGAUCGACCCGCAGCAACGGCUGCAGCUGGAGUCUGCAUACGAGGCGCUGGAGAAUGCUGGCAUCCCAAUGGAAAAGGUCGUGGGCAGCGACACGUCUGUGUAUGUGGACGUGUUCAACCGCGACUACUCGGAGAUGCUGGCACGCGAAACCGAGACAAGGCCGGUGUACCAGGCGACGGGCAACGGACAGGCCAUCCUGUCGAACCGGAUCUCGUACUUUUUCGACCUCAGGGGCCCCAGCAUCACGCUGGACACGGCAUGUUUGGCCAGCCUGUCGGCCCUGCAUUUGGCCUGCCAGAGCUAUACGUAUGACCACCGGGCAGCCGGCUACUCGCGAGUCGAGGGUGUGGCCACGGUCGUUCUCAAGCCGCUCGACGAUGUUCUGCGUGACGGUGAUCCGAUCCGCGCCGUCAUCCGCCAGACCACCGUCAACCAGGACGGCCGCACGGCCGGAAUCACGCUGCCCAGCCGGUCGGCCCAGGAGUCGCUCAUCCGCACAGCCUAUCGCAUGGCUGGCCUCGAUCCUGCUCUCACCGGCUACUUUGAGGCCCACGGCACUGGCACCGCUGCCGGAGACCCGCUCGAGGCCGGCGCCAUUUCCACUGUUUUUGGGUCCUGUCGCCCGGCUUCUGAUCCCAUUAUAGUCGGGUCCGUCAAGACCAACCUCGGUCAUCUCGAGGGUGCCAGCGGCCUUGCCGGCCUCAUCAAGGCCAUCCUCAUCCUCGAGCACGGCAUGAUCCCACCCAACCUCAAUUUCGAAAAGGCCAACGAGUCCAUCCCACUGGAAGAGUGGAACAUCAAGGUCCUCCUGCAGCUGCAGCCGUGGCCGAAGCCUGGCCUUCGUCGGGCGUCGGUGAACUCGUUUGGUUAUGGCGGGACGAAUGCGCACGUGAUCCUUGAUGAUGCGGUGACAUCCAAGGAGCUCGUGGCAGCACUGGACGGCACCGAUGGCACAGACGGACCCAAGCUGACACGCAGCGCCAAGGCGCCACGGCUAGCCUUUGUGUUCACAGGCCAGGGAGCACAGUGGUUUGCCAUGGGACGGGAGCUGGUCCCAAUGUAUGCCGUCUUCCGACAGCGACUGGAGUCGGCCGAUACGCUGCUGUGA